AUGAUGGACAAAGGCUCUGCAGGCUCUCUAGGAAGUUCUUUGAGCCCCCUUGAGUGCAUCCCGUCUGGCCCAGGCCACUUGUACUCCAUGUCUCCGUCGCCAGCAGCCCCGCCUACCAGAAUGAGCCCCAAGAAGACAGCAGGAAGGGCUACAGCGGCAGCAGCUCGGAAGGGGGCCAAGCCGGCAGCCCCACCCCAGCAGCUGGGAGCAGGGCCUGGGAAGCCAGUGGAACUAAACCACUGGCCAAGGUCUCAGUGCAGCUGGAGUCCUGCUGCCUGUUGUUUUUCUUUCUGUGUCUCAGAGCAGAGCCGUGAACUGAAGGCUGCCCUAACUCUGCAGUGCACUUUCCGCCGCCUCUUGGCCUGCCGGGAGAGGGCGAGGAGAACAAAGGAGCGUCAGGAGUACAAUGAGUUGAUGGAGCGCCUCCAGAGAGAGGCCUUUGUUGCGCUGGUGAGGAGGGAGCAGGAGGAAGCUGAGCGGGAGCGAAAGAAAGAGGAAGAAGAGAAAAAGAAGCAGCGAGAGGAGCAGCAGAGGAAGAAGCGGAUGUUGGAGGCAGCCUUUGAUGGGGAUGUGGAAGAGAUGAAGGCCAUCCUCAAAGAGGUGGCAGAUCUGGAUACGAAGAAUGGUGUUGGAACAGAUGAGAAGGGGAAGACCAUUCGGCUCCGGAACCUGAUCAACAUGGUGGAAUGCACAGAUGCCAAUGGCAACACACCACUCUCGGAGGCUGCCGGAGGUGGCCACCCUUUGGCCAUUAAGAUGCUGAUAGAAAAUGGAGCCAAUCUGAAUAGUCGGGGUGCCUUUAACCGGACUCCGCUGUAUCGUGCUGCAUUUGGGGGCCACUUGGCAGCAGUGGAAAUUCUUCUCCAGCAUGGGGCAGAUCCCCGACUUUAUGCUGAUGAUGGCAACACCCCAGAACAGGUGGCCUCUCUGGACAGCUUGGUGGCCAUCCUGAACUCCUGGGAUACCAGCCUGACAGACUCCAUGCUUCAGAAGAUGGAGGCAGAACAGCAGCGGAGGGCCCAUCUGGAAAAGAAGCAAAAAGAAGCAGACACACACAAGAUGGCCGAGGAGGUGGAGCAGCUGGCCAAGGAGCAUGAGAGACGCAGCAAGGAGCUGCAGCAGGCCUACUGUGAGCUGAACCGGCGCAUAACUGAGCAUGACAAAUGCCAGCGGAAACAGAUGGGCAAUGCAGAAAUCACUCUCCAGGCCAUUGCUGACGCAGAAGGGCUGGUUCAGAAACUGCGGCUGGAGGUGGAGGAGGCAGAGGAGAAGCUGUCGCUGGCCCGGCUCCAGUUGCGGGAACAGAUGCAGGGAGAGGCCCCAGCUGAGUUUCAGGCCCUGCGGUGUUCCAUCCAGGAGCUGGACGAUGUGCUCUUCAAAGAUGUGGGCGGGAAAAUCCACUCUGAUGGGCGGUGGCCACUAGUAAUUGAUCCCUCUGGCCAAGCCGCCAUCUUCUUGCGCUAUCGUGAUACCAACUACCUGAAUGCUGUGAAUCCCAGUGACAUGAGCGUGGAAACCAUCCGUCUAGCACUGCUGGGGGCCAUUCGGUAUGGAAAACCCUUAGUCUUUGACAUGAUGGAAGUGAACAUGUUUGACACUGUGAAAAAGCAGCUGGAACGGCUGGAGCCAGGCCUGGCGGAGGCUGUGCUGAGUAGAACCAUCCUUGCAAACGAGAGGUACCUCUCCCUGCUGAGACCAACAGACGGCCCAGAAUAUGCAGACACUGAAUUCCAGGCUGCUCGGACAGAGAGAAGUUUCAAGCUCUUUGUGGUCACGAAGCAGCACCAUCCUCCCGAGGAACUCCUGCAGACUCUGUUCCCCAUCCAGGGUGGUUCUGUCCCGGAGGAGCAGCCGGUAGGCACCGCCUGCCCUCAUUCCCAUUAA